AUGACCGAGUCUGAAGCUGCAUCACUGGUACUGGAUGACCAAAGUGAUGGUCAAUCGUCGCGCAAUUCCUUGAGCAAACCAAAUGUCGUAUUACGUUUUGUUGGGGCAAUCUUUCGGUAUAGAAAAACAUCGCUUUCUUUCUUUGUCUUACUCACGCUAAUCUUGGGAGUGGUCCUUUCAUAUGUUGACAAUAGCUUGGACUAUUCUAUAUCUUUGCCAGGGGAGAAGUUAGAGCAGGAAAUACUUAACGACUCGUGGAUUCACUUGCAGGCUAUAGCAGAGGGUCAACACCCCUAUGCGUCAGGUGAUAAUGACGUGGUUCAUCGUUAUUUAAAAAAAAAAAUUUCAACCAUGAUCCAUGGGCAUAAACAUAUUGUUUUCGACAAUGACUUGAAUGGCACAAAUAAGUUCUUCUUCAACUCCAGCUCCAAAUCUGUGGCAUAUUACGAAUCAAACAAUUUAUUGGUAAAGAUUGAAGGAUCAAAUCCCCUGCUACCAGCGUUCCUAUUGAGCGCUCAUUUUGAUUCUGUCCCAACGAGCUUUGGUGUCACCGACGAUGGUAUGGGUAUUGCAAGCUUACUUGGUGUUUUACAUUACUUUUCGACUCAAAAACAGCCCAAGCGAACAAUAAUCCUUAAUUUCAACAACAACGAAGAAUUUGGAUUAUACGGAGCUGUUGCUUUUGUGAGGCAUCCCUGGUUUAAGAAGGUGAAGUAUUUUUUAAAUUUGGAAGGGACAGGUGCCGGAGGCAAAGCCAUUUUAUUCAGGGGCACUGAUUACGGAAUAGCAAAGUAUUUCAGCAAAGUUAGGUAUCCGUAUGCUUCCUCGAUUUUUCAACAAGGCUUUGCUAAUUCGUUGAUACACAGCGAGACUGACUACAAAAUAUACAAGGAAGCUGGACUUCGCGGUCUUGACUUGGCAUUUUACAAACCUAGAGAUUUGUACCACACUGGAGGAGACAACAUCAAAAAUGUCAACUUGAAAUCGUUAUGGCAUAUGCUCUCCAAUGCUAUUGAUUUUACCACUUUUAUCUCUGAGAAUGAGGUUGACGAUUCAGGGUCCGAUGAAGCAGCCAUCUAUACAUCAAUUUUGAACAAUUUUCUUUCAGCUUCAAUAUCCAAGCUAAUUGCCAUAAACAUUGCGUUGAUUGUCGUAUUUGCCAUUAUCAACGGUGCACUCGUUUUUCUCACCUUGAAAUACAAAAAGUGGCAGGUACCAACUUCACAAGUUUUGUUCCUUCCAAUCUCGAUGUUGUUGGUAUGGGCAAUUGUGUCUCUAGUCACGAAGCAAAUAUUUCAAACGCUGAACCCAUUUUUGCCAACGUCCAAGCCAUUAUUGUUGGUGGGAACCAUUUCUUCUAUCUCAACAAUUGUAUUCUACAUUGUUUCCAGGUUGGUCUCUCAAAAGCCGAAUUUUAAACUACUUUGCAUUUUAGAAGUGUCGUUCAUUUAUUGGAUCUUUUUGGUGUAUGUAACCAGGAACCUUUUUGUGAACAAAAGUGACCAAAGACAUAGUGGUGAAUUUGCUAUUUCAAUAUUGUUUUUUUUGGAGGCUGUCACUUUGCUUUUCGGGUUAUUGGGAUGGGCAUUUACCAAAACUCAUUCAGGAACAAGUCCAGAUGAAGUACCACUUUUGGACGGAGCCAACCACGAGCGUUAUGUACUGGGCAACGAAGAGGACGACAACGAAUUGGAGAGUAAUACUACCAUAGAUGAUAAUAGACCUAACUAUGAUUGGUCUUUGCAAUACUUGUUGACUGUUCCGGUAUCAUUCUAUAUUAUUUACAAUUCUGGAUGGCUAAUACUUGAGGGCAUCAACAAGACAGUACAAGAGUCUGCUGCAUCACAGCAGUUUGUGUAUGUGGUGAUUCAGAUAUUUUCAAUUGCUUUGGUUUUACCAUUUGUUCCAUUUGUUCGUUAUUUAAACAGAAUGUUGAUUUUGGGGCUCUUCGCAGUGGCACUAAUUGGUUCCUUUUUGGUACUAAACACCAACCCGUUCAAUGAACAGAAUCCAUUAAAGGUACGAUUCUUGCAGACACUCAAUGGAACUGAGAGUACUGUGCACGUAUACGGUCGAAGUGAUGAACUUUCUAAGUUCUUGAACAGGAUCCCAUCAAUUGAAGAGUCAAAAACCAGUAUUGGUUGCUUGAACCAAGCUGAUGGAGUAGAUGUUUGCUCCUACAGGAGCCACUUAUACCCCAAUAUUUUACCCUCCAGCACAACUGAGGGUUACGUUGAAGUGAUUGUUAAAAACACCAGUGAAACUGGUUCAUUUGGAAUCAAUUUCAACGAGGUGGUUAUUAAAGUUCACAAGAAUAGAAUGUGUAAUGUUGAAUUUCCAGGUGACGAAGUAAAGGCUGUAGUGAUGAAAAACAACACACAUGCAUUUCCUCCAUUUAAACAACUACCCGAUGGAUUUUCACAUAAUGGUGAUUACAUAUACAAAGAUGUGGACGGAAUAAGAACGUUGUACCUUAACAAGUUGGAUUGGAACAGCAAGUAUGAUCUUGGUAUUUAUUGGUUACCGGGUAUCAAUGACAAAUCGAACGUUUUGAAUGUACGCGUUGAAUGCUUUUGGGCCGACUUGCUGCCAGUUGCUGACGGCGGUAGUACCAAACCAGCUAUUCCCGCUUUCGAAGAAUUGGUAGACUACAGUCCGAAUUAUGUAAGUAUUGCAAACAAGGACAGAGGAUUGGUGUCCGUAAGUAAACAAAUAGAGCUUAAAUAG